UUCAGAGCCACUAUGCCACCAAACAGCGCUACAGAUCUUCACCCCAAUGGCGCACCAGAGAAGACUGCUCCAGAUGAGAUAGUCGACAAAAACGACGUGUUUGAGAAACUGGUGGCCCCUCAGGCUGGGCCGAGGAAGUUUGAAGUGGUCUACUUCAAUCUACUGACGUUCGGGUUCGCACAUCUGUCCUGGGCUUAUGGAGUUUACCUGAUCUUUACUGCGGCCAAAUGGCAGACAACAGUGUUUGCACUAGCAUACGGCAUAGCCGGUGGGUUGGGCAUCACCGCCGGCGCCCACCGUCUCUGGGCGCACAGGACGUACAAAGCGAAGAUGCCGCUACAAAUUAUCCUCAUGAUAUUGAACACAAUCGCCUUCCAAAACACCGCCAUGGAUUGGGUCAGGGACCAUCGUCUCCAUCACAAAUACAGCGACACAGAUGCGGACCCUCACAACGCAACUAGGGGAUUCUUCUACUCUCAUGUCGGAUGGCUGCUGGUGAAGAAACACCCAGAAGUCAGGAGACGCGGCAAGCUCAUUGACAUGUCAGAUAUAAGGAACAACCCUGUGCUCGACUUUCAGAAGAGAUACGCUAUUCCUCUGGUACUGACACUGACAUUCAUCCUGCCAGCAUUCAUCCCGUGGUACUUCUGGGGAGAGACCCUCAACUCGUCGUGGCAUGUUGCCACCAUGUUCAGAUACGUGACCGGUCUCAACCUCACGUUCCUGGUCAACAGCGCCGCCCAUUUCUUCGGCUACAAGCCGUAUGACAAAAGCAUAAUGCCGGCACAAAACAAGUUCGUUGCUUUUGCAGCGUUGGGAGAAGGCUGGCACAACUACCACCACAUCUUCCCGUGGGACUACCGGACGGCUGAACUUGGGAAUAACUCGCUUAAUUUGACGACACAUUUCAUAGAUUUCUUCGCGAAGAUCGGGUGGGCUUACGACCUGAAGGCGGCGCCUGAAGAUAUGAUCAAGACGCGAGCGGCGAGGACGGGCGACGGCUCCCACUGCUGGGGCUGGGGCGACAAGGACCAGGACAAGGAAGAAAGAGAACAAGCGAUCAUCAAGCAUCCGAGCGCAGAGAAGGAUUUGUGAGGAGCCCAAUGAAAUACGACAUGAGAAUGAUUUUAUUUGUUUCGGAUGUUACGAAUUUAGUGCAACAAUUGAUAAGUAUUUUUUGAAUCCUGAGGGUGAUGUUAAAUAACAGCUAUCUGUUGCCUAAUCAAUAAGUAUCACAUGAAAAUAAAAAUAUAUAUAAAGUGUA